AUGAAGAUUUUCGAAAAGACUAUAUUCAGAAAUUUAAAGAACUUGUGCCCAUAUAAACCUUCAAGGAAUGCCAUUUAUCCCUAUGUAAACUCAUCAAACGAUAAAGGCUGGAAGCUUGAUAGCACCUUUUAUAUCGGAGUUCCCGCUUUCUUAUCCAUCUCUUAUUUAUCAUAUUAUUCUUUAAAAACCAAAAGUUAUUGUAAUGGAUUCAAUAAGGUGGAACUGGGAAGUUUAUCCGACUUCAAAGAUGGAGAAUCUAAACAAGUUAAGGUUUAUAAUGGGAAGGACACAGUUUUGGUAUCGAAGAUUAAAGGAACUUUCUAUGUUACAGGGAGCUCCUGCCCACAUUUUUCUGCCUCAUUCGUCGAUGGAGCAGUAACAGACGAACUCCUAAUUUGUCCUUGGCAUAACGCUAAGUUCAAAUUAAGUGACGGAUCAUGUGUAAAUGGCCCGUGCAUGGGUGGAAUAGCAACAUAUGAGCCAGUUGUACAGGAAGAUAAACUAUACGCUUUACUUCCGCCAACACCACUGCCGCUGGAAGUGGAUAUGAUGAGAGAUAAAUCCAACGGAAGAGAUAAUAGAGUUUUCGUUAUAUGCGGAGGAGGAGCCUCAGCCCACGCAGCAGCAGAAACCCUGAGACUUAAGGGAUUUAAAGGCCGCAUAUUAAUGUAUGCCGACGAGAAAUAUUUACCAUAUUAUCGACCCUACCUAUCCAAAGCAUUCAGUAAAGAAUAUGACAAAGUUCCAGACGAACAGGCGCUAAGACCAAAGGAAUUUUAUAAGAAUAACCAAAUUGAAUUCUAUGCUGGAAAAUCAGUUCGCCUUGUCAACGACAAGGAUCAUACAAUCACCCUGUCUGAUGGAACUACAGUGAAAUAUGACAAAGUUUUGGUUGCCACCGGCAAUUUUUCCGCUAGGCUACCUGUAUCCCAGAACAAUAAUUAUGAUAACCUUUUCACCAUAAGAACCAUAGAUGACUUUAAGGGGUUGUCGAAGUUUGUUAAGCCAAAUUCAAAUAUCGUUAUUGUCGGUGCAAACUUUAUCGGCUGUGAACUUUCGUCUGUCCUUAAGUCCACAGGAGCCAACGUGACAGUUUUAACAAAUGCUGAAACUCCAUUGGAAUCGAUAGUUGGUAAACGAGUAGGAAACGUUGUAGCUAAAUUAAUGGAAAAAAACGGAGUGAAAUUCAUUCCCAAAUGCACAGUUAAAAAAUACAAUUUGAGUGGAAAUAAAGUUAAUGAGGUGGUUUUGGAUAAUAAUACUACUCUGAAGGCAGAUGUAGUUAUCGAGGGUGUGGGUACCAGAGUUGACACUUCCCUUUUACCAUGUGCACAGUUGGCUAAAAAUGGAACUGUUCUAGUCGAUGAAGCUUUCAGAUGUAAGGGUUGUAAAGAUGUGUUUGCCUCUGGAGAUCUGGUGAGUUACCCGUACCAUAGAACAGGGAAACCCGUCUCAGUCAAACACUGGAAUGUAGCACUCCAACAUGGGCGUGUUGCCGCAAGUAACAUGGUCGAUAAGCCUGCAAAGAUGGACAUGAUCCCCUUCUUCUGGUCAAAUUUUUUCAAGACUGGUUUUAGGUUUGCCGGCGUCAUUGAUGGAACUGAGGAGCUAGUAUUUGAGGGCGACGUUGACUCCCACAAAUUCGCAGUAUACUACGUUAAGGACAAAAAUGUGGUUGCCGUUUUGUCUAUGGGUAUGGGCCCAUUUUCUUCUUAUAUGACAGAGGCGUUUGACAAGAAAUGCAUGCCUUCAUAUGCUGCACUGAAGAUGGGUGCUGCAAACUCUCAAUCCAUAAUUGAAUGUGUAAAUAAGUUUAAAGUCUAG